AUGCGAGUAUUCAACGACCCCUCCCUUUUAUCAGGAGAAUCUCAUCAUGAUCUUAUACAAUCCUUGCAGCCAAAUUUGAAUCACCCCAGAUCCAGCAGCUCUCCUCCACAAGAAAUACUAAUUUCAUACUCUAAAUCUUCUGAUGAAAACACUAACAAAGUUACCUAAUAGCUAAAAGGAGAAGCCCUUUCUCCUAUGGACCAAAUACCAUCCAAGUAGAAAUAUUCCCCCAAUAUUUAAACCUCAGCAAACGAGUCAGAGUUAACUCGCGAUACUGAAUCAAAGGAGAACAAUUAGACAUUGAGUAAUUAGGAGGAACAAGAGUCUAUAACCAAAAUUUAAAACGGACUUGCCUUACAGAGCCACCAAGAUGGAUACCAAACUACAAGCGUGACAGCCAAUCCUAAUGACAUAAAUUAUGAUGAUUUUAUGAGGAGUAGUAACAUAGGAAUAGUGCAGAGGUAACUAGCCUCAUAAUAGAAAUAUUCAAAUCCUGUAGUAAACUAAACCCAGAUUUCAAAAAUUCAGAUAGCCUUCGGCUAAACCUAAGAGGGUUUUGGAGCUAAUAAUGGAGUAGGCACAGCUGGAGGGAUCAUCUAGUAGAGAUUAGAAUUGAGCAGCCAGAAUUCUUUAGAUUAGAUAAAAGGCAGAUAAAGAGUAGACUCAAUUAAGGAAGAUCAGCUAAGUGCUAAUCAAGACAAAGGAGCUAUGAAUUCCUAGAUUCAUUAGACUAGAAAUAGACCACAAAGGGAAAAUAGAAAAAAGCCAAGUUACUUCGGAUUUAACUAUUGUCAUCAAUGUAGAAGAACAGAGAGCGUCGAUGAUCUAAUAAGAUGCAAGAGAGAUGACUGUGGUUUAUUCUUUUGUUUUAAUUGCGUUAGGAAAAAUAAAAUGAAAGGAAAUUCAAGGAUUGGGGGACAUCACAAGGAUUCUAUUGAAGAACUUAAUGAUGCGAUGCUAAGGGAGAUUAAGCAAAGAUGCAAUUCUUAAUAGGACAAGGCUCUUGAAUUUUCCCAACAUGUCAUUUUUCCUAAGACCGAAUUCCAAAAGCUAAAACAACAAGAUGCAUUUAUCUGUUUAAGUUGUAAAGGACUCUGUCCAUGCCAAGAUUGUAACACGAAUUCUUUAUUCAAUGAUGUUCGCCUCCUAUAGCUUGGUAUUUAAGAGGGAGCGCAAACGUAGAUCCAGUAAUAAUAAUAAGAGCAUACGUAAAUCACAAACAAAGUGACUUAACCCCAACUCUAGCAACAGCUAUAGCCACCCUAGUCAUCAAAAGUUGUACUGCAAAUAUAAAACUUCAAGUCUCCAGUGUCAGUCAAGACUGCAUCAAUCUAAUAAAAUCAGAGUAGUGCUUAGAAGAAUCUUUUGAAUUUGGAAUCAUCGGGAGAAGGUAAGACCAUUCAAAAACCCGCACAAAUUGCUACUUCCUUUAGUCUGUUCGGUGGGCUAAAGGCGGAUGAAAUCGAUAGUCUCAUCAACCAAAAGCUCUAGACCUCCAAUGUAAACAAUCGUAUUAUUUAGCUUCAAGAUAAGCAAAAGCAAAGGGAUACCGAAAACCAAACGUUAUAAAACAAUAAGGAUAGUAGUAAUCCUGAGAAAUCUGCUAUUUCUAAAUAAAAGAACAAUGGCUCUUAAAACAGCUAAAUUAGCACUAAAAAGAAAGCUAAGUAAUUGAUUGUUCCAAGCAAGCUAUACGGAUCUAAAGUUUCAAACAGUAAUAGUCAAGAUAAUUAAUAAUAGCACGUAGUAGUCAGUAUUACUGCAUCAGGAAGAGCAUCUAAAAAGCUUAUAAACAGACAAGAAUUCAUUUAAGACUUUGAAAGUGAUGAUGAUUUCAUCGAAGAGAAGUCUAAAUCACGAAAAGAAAAAUCGAGAGAGAACGAGCUCGAAAGAGAUGAUGAUGAAGAAGAUGCUAUUGAGGAAUCAGAUUUCUAAGAGAAUGAAGAAUAAGAUCGUAUUUAAGAUGAUGAGAGGGAUGAGGAAUUCAUUCCAGAGACAGAUAGAAAUAAAGAGGUAUUGAAUUAUGACAAAAUGAGAAAGUAAUUACUGAAAGAUCAAUAAAUUUCAGAUUCAAAAGAUACUUUUGAUCCAAGCAAUUAAAAUGUCAAGGAUCUUUUCAAUAAAUAUAAAGAAAUAAGGCCCUAAUCUUCAUUUGCUAGUGCAAAUCCACUAAUAAAUAAGAUUUCAACAGCUUAAAGUGUUGGCUUUCAACCAAUCAAUAAUGGAGGAUUAAACAUUGGAUUUCAAAAUCUUAAUAAUCUUAAAAAGGUAACUCAACUUCAAACUUAGCUAAUAUAAAAUCCUUAACAACCUUAAAUUCAAAGAACUGUGACUCCCUAAGCACCAUCAUUCACACAAAACCUGUUUAAUCAGCCUUUAGAUUCUUAAUAAUUGAUAAGAGAUAAAUUGAUUAAUCAAUAGAACGCCAAUUAGACGAUGAUAUAACAGAUACCAACUAUCAAAACUCCAUAGCCAAUGUCCACACCUUAAAAUUAGGAUUUCAGAACGUUAUAAGCUGUUAUAAAUUAGCAGAAUUAAGUUCAACAACCCCAGAUAAUGUAAUAAUCUAUGUUCUAAUAUCCAUAAAAUUAAUAAUUGCUUGCUCUUGACCCUAUUACUAUGUAGCUUAUUCAAAUGCCUUAGCAACUCUAAUAAACAAUCAUGAUGCCAUAGUAGCAGUAAAAUAUGCCUUCUGACCAAAUGUUAUACUUUCAACAGCAACAGCUACAAUAAUAAUAAGAUCCCAUGAUGUAUAACAAUCAAAUGCAAUAACUAGUUAUGAAUGGCUAAUAGCAAAUUUAAAAUUUCAUGCAGUAACUAGGCGGUCAACAAAUAAUUCUUUAGCAAGCUUCUGGAAUCGAUCAAAACAAUAUUUAUGGAGCUCUUCAAUAACAGAGUAUGAAGCCCAUUUAAAAUCAUGUAGAGGAUAGUAUAAGACUCAUGCAAUCACAAGGAUUCUAACAAGAUUAGGCAAUAAUGUAAAUACAAUCUCAACAAAACAUGCAAUAUCCUUAAAUGUAAACUUAGGGAGGAUACUUUACCUAAAAUCCUCCAUAAUUAAUGAGCAUGCAGAAGUAAGGGUCAGGCUAGCAUUAUAAUUUAGGUCCUCACUAAAUGAUUCUAUAGUAAAUUCAGCAACCUUAAAUUGACCAGCAGUUCAAUGCCUAACUUUAAUAGUAGCAAUUAUUGUAGCAGCUACAAAGAGGAGGUGUUCAGUUUAACCAAAAUUAGCAUUAAAUAUAUUACUAAUGA